GGUUAGAUCGGAGACGCCACGCUGUGUUGUGCAGGUUGUGGUCUUGAAUAAGAAUACCUGGUUGGUGCAAAGCACAUAAUCAAUUAUAUCUACUGAUAAUCACUAACGCGUCUCCCUUAGGUAAAGACACGUGUACGAAUUUACGCGUUACAUCAGUUCAAUACACUAACAGUGUACUUGAUUGGAAAUAUUGUCAUGCCUACUCGGUUUCGUAAAUUACGAGUUUUGUUUUUAUUUUUUUCCCCCCCCCACUGGAAUUUAGAGAAUGGUGAUGAUGACAAACAGAUCGAGAUUAGAGUAUCAAAAUCAAUAUAAUUCUUGGAAUCCUUGGUGACAAUGCUAGCACGACGUGAGUAAAUUGUACUCUUGAUGUUUAGAACUGUCUAAGCAGCUUACAAUUAGCUCAUACUUCUCUAGGCAUUCGAGCCUGUUGUUUACUACCACGGGGUAGCUUGGACCUCACUUAUCAAAUUUAUUAAUUUAUUGUAUUUAUUAUAUUGAAUUGUACAUAUUUAGAUUUAAUUAAUUACGUUGAAUUUAGCAUCGCGAUAAAAAUGUUUCAAGUUCGUAAAGAUAACAUGAUAUUCGUGUGUAUGACGGUGGGAUUGGCUCUUGUUGCUUCUAAGUACCGUAACAACGUGCUGCGAAGCGUGAGACAAUUCUGCCAGAAUAUAUUCGCUUUUAAUCAAAGCUUAAGCAUACAAAAAAGCUUUGACACCGUGUUAGAUAAAGUGAUUUUGGUAGAUUCUCCUCAGCAAUGCGAUUACGCCUUGCAGCGUAUUCGUGAUGACAUAACAGACAAUGUGUUGGGAUUUGAUUGUGAAUGGGUCAACGAAGAUCCUGUCUGUUUGUUGCAAUUGGCGACCACCAAUGGAUUAUGUGUACUCUUCCGCCUUGGCAAAAUUGGCUAUGUUCCUGGCAAGCUUAAGGAAUUGCUUUCGAACAAGCGCGUGCUCAAGGUGGGUGUGGCACCAUUUGAUGAUGGAAGAAAAUUGACUAGAGAUUACGGAUGUUAUGUGUACGGAACUCUAGAUCUCCGAGAACUUGCCAGACGGCUGGGUCUCGUCAAUGCAACAGGCUUAGCUUCACUAUGUAAAGAGUAUUUGGGGAUAGAACUGGACAAAAAUACAACUGUGAGACGCAGUAAUUGGAAUGCUGAUACUCUCACUCAGGAGCAAGUAAAUUACGCUGCUUGUGAUGCUAUUGCAUCUGUUCUGGUUUAUCAACAAAUGCUCAGAAAAGCAAGCCAAGAACAGUCUUAUUGGGGGAAUUUUGUUGCUAGUCUUAAAAAUAUUUGGGAAACGAAUAAGGGGGAAAAGUCGUGUAAUUUGCCGCAGGAAUAUAUCGACGUGAGGUUCAAGGCUAACCCAAACAACACAAUUCCAAAAGAUAAUCAGGGAACCAAUCCUAACACCAAUAUAAAAGUUAAGGGAAAAAUAAGCAUACCAACUAGAAACAAACCACUUUAUCAUAACUGUUAUCUGCAAGCGCCAGAUGGCGAGAUAUUGUGUACUUGUGAUCAUAAGAAGGCUGAGUGGUACGUUGAGAAGGGACUGGGUGUCAUGGUAAAGGAAGAUCCGUAUACAGUGAGAUUGAAGUUUGAACCUUCUGGAAGAGCCCAAGGAGAAGUUGGACGUUAUUACACGCAGAUUAAAGUCAAUCGUUGUGUUGUCUGUGGAUCUACUGAAAAAUUCAUCCGAAAAAAUGUGAUUCCACGAGAAUAUCGAAAAUACUUCCCUGUCGUAAUGAAGGAGCACCAAUCUCAUGAUGUGCUACUCCUUUGUCCUCCAUGCCACCAAAAUAGUAACAUGCAAGAUCUUCAGAUGCGCAAGCGGUUAGCUGAAAUGUGUGAUGCACCACUGAGCGUACCUGCUGUAAGCAUAGAUGAUGCAUAUCAGAGCCAUUGGCGAAGACUACGCUCUGCCGUACGAGCUCUGAGAAAAGAGUCUAGUCUUCCUGAACAGAGACGUCUACUAUUGGAAUCACACGUCAUGGAACUGACUGGAUGUGCUGAAGUCACACCACAGCUACUGGAAGAGUUGGAGCAACAAAUAAAAAAGAAGGCACCUGCAUCCUCCGUGCAAGCAGCUCGGACGCCACAUGGUUUGAAGGUUGUUGAGUAUUUCGAAAGCUGUGCUGGCGGACUUGUUGAGUUGGAACAAUUGUGGAGAGAAUUUUUCCUGUUGACUAUGGAGCCCAAGUACAUGCCAAAAUUGUGGUCUGUGUCCCACAAUCAAGAGCGUUUACUUAUACGGUUACAACAGCGCAGGAUAGAACCACAAGAUGCCAGAAUAGCAGGAAUACUUGAAUCAAAUGAGUACAAAAACAGCUAAAAUGCUUAAACCUGACAUUUUCAUAUUACAAACCGAUUAUUCUUUUGAUAUAAAAUUCUCUGCGGCUA